AUGUCCUACGACCGCUACGUUGCCAUCUGCAAACCCCUGCACUACGGGACCCUCCUGGGCAGCAGAGCUUGUGUCCACAUGGCAGCAGCUGCCUGGGCCACUGGGUUUCUCAAUGCUCUGCUGCACACGGCCAAUACAUUUUCACUGCCCCUGUGCAAGGGCAAUGCCCUGGGCCAGUUCUUCUGUGAAAUCCCCCAGAUCCUCAAGCUCUCCUGCUCACACUCCUACCUCAGGGAAGAUGGGCUUAUUGUGGUUAGUAUAUUAGUAGUAUUUGGCUGUUUUGUGUUCAUAGUGGUGUCCUAUGUGCAGAUCUUGAGGGCCGUGCUGAGGAUCCCCUCUGAGCAGGGACGGCACAAAGCCUUUUCCACCUGCCUCCCUCACCUGGCCGUGGUCUCCCUGUUUGUCAGUACUGGUGUGUUUGCCAGCCUGAAGCCCCCCUCCAUCUCCUCCCCAUCCCUGGACCUGGUGGUGUCAGUUCUGUACUCAGUGGUGCCUCCAUCUUUGUGUAAAUAA